AAAGCAUCAGUUUGCACUUCUACUCAACAAGUCGGCAGCCAAAAGUGAGGACGAGAGAGCGACUCCACGUAGCGGCGCCAGGCGCGAGCCCAAGACAACCAGAGGCGGUCACUAGGUAUACGCCCUUCUCUUCUUUCCACGCUUCUCGAGAGGCUCCCGCGGCCAGAACCGGAAAACAAGGAGUAACAGUCGCGUUUCAAAUCUCGCAGACCUGCUGGCCGAUCUCGAGUCUUCUGAAAGAGGAAGGCGAGCAAAGCCAAAAUGUUCCCAGAGCCCGAACCCAAACACCGAUCGCCGCUGGGGUCCAAGCGCCCUUCAACUCCGCCCGCUAGUGCCCAAGAUUACCGGGAAGGAAUUCAACGAAUCAGUGGUGAGGUGCCGCCGCCAUGCUUACUACGGGCGGAAAUUUGAGAGAAAGCUUCGCACCGGUAGGAAAACUGACGAGCAACCGAGCACGAUUGGAAAGGUUGACGAUAGUGGUUAAGUGGCUCGGCCUUGCCCUCAGUUAAAAUGGCAAUUUUAGUUGCUUCACUGAUAUGGAAUCGGCGAGGCGCCAAGGAGGCUUCCUGCGUGGGGCCGCAGAGCGAGUCGGGAAACGAUUUUAAACUGAAGAGGCGGCGGAGGGCCGAAUUGCCUUUUCUCAACGGCUUGAUUUCAGAGCUGGGCUGGUCUCUGACAGGCUCAGCUGGAGAGGGACGGGUUGGGACGCGCUGUCCUUUUGCCCUUCCCUCUCCGCGAGCAGAAGCUGACUCCGCAGGAGCGAGGGUCGCAGAGCUGGGGGAUUUCAGUCUCCACAUAGUUUUGGAGCCGGACUUUUGAAGAAUGAUUCAUGAAUCCGGAAUGGGUGACAGCGUCAUCACGACAUUUUAUUGACAGACCAUGGAUUCUUACAAUGCACCAGAAUCAACUCCUAGUGCAUCCUCAAGACCUGAAGAUUACUUUAUAGGUGCCACUCCUCUGCAGAAACGAUUAGAAUCGGUCAGGAAGCAGAGUUCAUUUAUCCCGACUCCACCUCGAAGGAAAAUUCCCCAGUGUUCGCAGUUGCAGGAAGAUGUUGACCCUCAAAAGGUUGCAUUCCUUCUGCAUAAACAGUGGACUUUAUAUAGUUUAACUCCCUUAUAUAAAUUCUCCUAUAGUAAUCUCAAAGAGUAUUCUAGACUUCUCAAUGCUUUUAUUGUUGCUGAAAAGCAAAAAGGACUUGCUGUGGAAGUGGGAGAAGACUUCAACAUCAAAGUGAUUUUUUCUACUCUCCUAGGAAUGAAAGGAGCACAAAGGGACCCGGAAGCAUUUCUUGUCCAGAUUCUGUCAAAAUCUCAAUUGCCAUCUGAGAAUAGACAAGGUAAAGUGUUGUGGACUGGCUGGUUCUGCUGUAUAUUUGGAGACAGUCUUCUGGAGACUGUUUCAGAAGAUUUCACCUGUCUGCCCUUAUUCCUUGCAAAUGGAGCAGAGUCUAACACAGCAAUAAUUGGAACUUGGUUUCAGAAAACCUUUGACUGUUAUUUCAGUCCUUUAGCAAUCAAUGCAUUUAAUCUUUCCUGGAUGGCUGCCAUGUGGACUGCAUGCAAAAUGGACCAUUAUGUGGCUACUACUGAAUUUCUUUGGUCUGUACCCUGUAGCCCUCAAAGUCUGGACAUUUCUUUUGCAAUACAUCCAGAGGAUGCAAAAGCUCUAUGGGACAGUGUCCACAAAACACCUGGGGAGGUUACCCAGGAAGAAGUUGACCUAUUCAUGGACUGCCUUUAUUCACAUUUCCAUAGACAUUUCAAAAUUCAUUUAUCAGCCACAAGAUUAGUUCGUGUUUCAACAUCUGUAGCUUCAGCACAUACUGAUGGAAAAAUAAAGAUUCUGUGUCAUAAAUACCUUAUUGGAGUGUUAGCAUAUUUGACAGAACUGGCAAUUUUUCAAAUUGAGUGAAGCCUUAUGUGGACUAUAAGUUAUAGAUUAUAUACUCUUAUUGAUAACUUGCCUAAUUGCUAUGCUGAAAGAGACUGCAGGAGAAAUAGGCAUCUAUCUCUGCAUCUGUUUUCCCCACCAUGCCUUUGGAGUUGCCAAGAUGGAAGCCAAGAAGGAUCUAGAAGAACAAAGAAUAUGGUAGUAGAUGAGCCACAGCCAGGUGCCCAUGUACUAAUCAUGAUAACCUGACAUGCCAUUCUCAAAAUGCUGCGUUGUUAAUUUCUUGUCAUCUUUAAAUAUAUAUAUAUAUAGGCUGGGCUUGGUGGCUCACACCUGUAAUUCCAGCACUUUGGGAGGCUGAGGUGGGUGGAUCAUUUGAGGCCAGGAAUUCAAGACCAGCCUGGCCAACAUGGUGAAACCCCUUCUCUACUGAAAAUACAAGAAUUAGCUGGGCGUGGUGGCACAUGCCUAUAAUCCCAGCUACUGGGGAGGCUGAGGCAGGAGAAUCGUUUGAACCCAGAAGACAGGCUGCAGCAAGCCAAGAUUGCACCACUGCACUCCAGCCUGGGCAACAAAGUGAGACUCUGCCUCAAAAAAUAAAAAAGAAAUAAAAUAAAUAAAUAUAGCGUUUAUUAUGUUUAAACUCUUAGGAUUCAAAUGAGAUGUAUCUAAUGGAUAUUUCUGAUUUGGGUCUUUAAAACCUUUAAUCUCUUUUAAGCAUUUUAGACUUGCAUUCAGUAAGAAUUCUGUCUUCUAAAGACGUUUUCCUAGCAUUUCACUGCGGAGAACUGGCAAUCAAAAUCCCCUCAAAAGGGAACUAAAGAUUAAUAUACACAUUUUUUUAGUCACUAAUAUGCUUCUGUUUUAAAUACAGUUCAACUCCUGUUGCAAUGUUGAAUUAAAUGUUUAUUUUAAAAUGAA